AGAAGCGGCACAGCCGGGCCGCUGUAAAACUGCAAACCUAAGGAUUUACACACGUUUCUGGACAGUUAAACGCGUUUUAACCGCUUUUCUUCUCACUUUGGGAAUAACAAGCAACAGUUAGAGAGGCAGCCGAGGAGUGCAGACAGCAGGCUCGCUCAUCCAUGGCAUCACAGCAGCAGCAGCAGUGCAAAGGCUAGCGGCUAGCUGCCCACCAAGCCCGGUGCCAGAGACUGAUUCUAGGCAGAGGGAGCCAGGUAAUGACCCUCAGUCCUUCCAUCAGACAGCCUCCACGCAUUGAGCCGGAUCAUGCUUUAGCUCCCUGACAGUCAGUCAAAAUGAUGGCCUCGGUGGUAAUCGGGGGACAUCGGAAGAAGUCCCUCACUUUGAGAGGUGUGGACCCAGAGACCUGCAUGAUCGUGUUUAAGAACCACUGGGCACAGGUGGUGAAGAUCCUGGAGAAACACGAGCCGAGUCGCAGCGGCACCAACGCGCUGAGUUUCCUCACAGGUUAUGGUAGCAGCGGCGGCAGCAGCAGCUCCGGAGCGCUACGUCUAGGCCCCAUCCCAGCCGACGAGGCCAGCGCCGUCCAGAACUACGUGGAGCACAUGCUCUUUCUACUGAUGGAGGAAGAGGCGGGCCAAGGGGGAGCGAUGGGUCCGAUCCUGGAGUUUGUGGUCCUUGAGGGUGUGAUGGAGAGGCUGUUUCUGUGGAGUCUGAGGAGGCAGUUCACUGAGGACAUGAAGCUAGAGCAACUCAGGAUGUACCAGAUGCUUUUGUCUCAGGCCAAACAGCCUCUGCUUCACCAUAAACCGGUUCUGCGGCCGCUAAUGAUGCUGCUCGCCUCCUGCGCCGGAGCUGCAUCUGACACCGGCGGCGUGGUGGAGGCGGAGCUAGUUCUCCUGCUGAACCAGCUCUGCGUGGCUCUGGUCAAGGAUCCCUCAGUGCUCGAACUGUUCUUCCACACCAGCGAGGACCAGGGAGCUGCCAACUUCCUUCUCUUCUCCCUGCUCAUCCCGUAUACACACAGGCAGGGAUUGGUAGGUCAACAGGCCCGAGAUGCUCUGCUGCUCAUCAUGUCUCUGUCUGCCUCUGAGCCUCGAGUCGCUCAGCACAUUGCAGAGAACACAUACUUCUGUCCUGUGCUGGCCACGGGUCUGUCCGGUCUGUACUCGUCUCUUCCGGCUCGGCUGCAGGUUUACAGCGAGGACUGGCACUCUCUGGACCAGGCGGACUGGCAGCAGGUUCCUGCUCUGGUCCACUUUUUGCACUCUCUGGACUUUUGUAGUGCUGUUACCAAGGUGGCUCAUCCGUCCAUCCGCUCCCAGCUGCUUGGUUACAUCUACAAUGGCUUCCUUGUGCCUGUACUUGCUCCGGCUCUGCACAAGCUGACGGUGGAGGAAGUGAUGACUACCACAGCAUACUUGGACCUGUUCCUGCGCUCCAUCUCUGAGCCCGCCCUCCUCCAGACCUUCCUCUCCUUCAUCCUGCUGCACACACAUGACAACGUUCACAUCCUGGACACACUGGUCAGCAGGGUCAACACACCUUUCCAGUUGGGCACGGUGUCGCUGGCUCUGUUCAGGACUCUGAUUGGGCUCUUCUGUGAAGAUGUCAUGCUGCAGCUGGUCUUCAGGUAUCUGAUUCCCUGCAGCCACCUGAGCAGGAAGCAGCGCUGCUUCUUGAAGCAGAGGGACUGUUACUCCUCCAGUGCUGCCUCCUUCCUACUGCUGAUGCCCUCCUGGUUCCCUUUGCAGCUCCAAAACUCACUCACACACUCAGAGCACAUCCACUGGCCCAAAGCAACCGAUCUGUCAGUGUCAGACAGCGUUGGUUACUGUCGUGGUUCAGACUUCCUGAUGGAUGUAAACUACCUCCAUUACCUCUGGGAUGCCUGUCAGGCUAUCUCCACUGCCCGCAGGUCUUGCCGUUUAUGGUCGGCUUCUUAUGAUGGCAUCAAUCCUCCACUUCAAGAGUAUCGAUCUGAUACACCUGGUAACAACAUGGAAGAUGAGGAAGAGUUCAUGCAGCGAGUCAAGAGCGACUCCAUCUGCUCACUGGUUAUCAGUCCUCUGCCCUCUGCCCUCUCCCCUACACCAUCCUCUUUAGAUAACAGCCAAGCGGGCAGAGCCAGCUCCGCCCUUGAACUGGAGUGGGAUGACAUUUUUGCAGAUGACAAUCCCUUGGUUUCAGCUGUGGUAAACGUGGUGCUGGCGAAUGGGGAUGUAUCAUUGGAGGCAGACACAUGCACAUUUCCGCCAGCACCUCCCCCACUGCCUCCUCGACACAUCCAGGAAAUGCGGCGCAAUGCAACCAAGCUGGUGCGCGGCUCUUAUGUUGAAGAAUCCGAGUUUCAGGAUGACGUUCUUGUCUAUGAUCUCAUUGCUAAAAAGGAUGCAAAGGCAGCCAUUUUGGAUCGGAUCAUGCUGGCAAAUCGCCAAUCCCGUGGGAGCAUCUCGAAAGGACAGCGAGUUUCAGCAACAGCGACAACAUUAACAACGAUGUUAACAACAACAGGAAGGACGGUUCUGGAAACUGUAAACAGCAUUAUGUCGGCGAGGAGGAGGAGCGAGGAUGCAGGAAAAGAGGAAAGAAGAAGGAGUGAGGACUGUGAAAAGGAGAUAGGGAGAACAAAGGAAGGAGAAGAAGAAGAAACCAAAAGGAUAUUUGGACACAGAGGGUCACUGGGAGAUCAGCUCUUUACCAAUGGCUUCAAUGUAAACAAUGACAUCAUCGACGAAUGUGAUGAUGCAGAUGAUGAUAUAUACAUUACAGCUCGUGUCAGCCAUACACCUGGAGCACAUCAGCAACAUGUACAUGAAAGCAUGCAGUCACCCUCAACAUGUUUAGUAAAAAACACUUUAACCAAUGGCCAUCAUGGAUCUGAAUCAUUUGACCGUCCCAUAUCUCCAAGCCUGCCUGACGACAACACAAACAACAAUGACUUCCUGUCCCAAUACUGUGAGCUCAUGCUGUCAUUAGGGGUAGAACCAGACUAUGAGGACAUCACAGAGGAUAUUGACACAUUCAGGAAGCGUGUCCAAGUGCUAAGGCAAAGACUUGAAGAGGAGGAGGAAGAGCUUUGCACUGACUUUGGUUUUCGCUCCUUUGGGGAUGACGUUGGGGCAGAAGAAGAGGAAGAGGUGAUGCGAGAGGAAGAAGAAGCGGAGAAGAUCAGGAGCGACACAAAGAAAGGCGGCAGGAGACAUCAAAUUCCAUUUACAGGUCCAUUCAUCAGUGUGCUCUUGUCUCGGCUGGAGAACCUUCUCGAAAACUCUAUUGCUGUAAACCUGCUUGUGACAGGCAUCCUGGCCCAGUUGGCAUCGUACCCACAACCUCUCCUGAGAUCCUUCCUGCUCAGCACAGACACACAAAACCAGCCUAACGUUCGCACACUUUACCAGGUGCUGGUGUCGCUGCAUGCUCAGAUAGAGCGCUAUGUGAUGGCCAGACCAGACUAUCCUGCUCUAGUCACUCAGGCCUGGAGGUUCUUGUUGGCAAAAGACCAAGAUGGGGCAAAUUCAGAGAGUGCCUCCAGUCUCAGGGCGGUGACAUCAAUCCUGGAUCCAUCGCUUCCCCAAUGGCUCUCCAAGAGCCGAGUCUUCGCCAUUAUCCUGUACGCCGAGUUCCUGAAGGAGUUGGCUGCCUUGCGCCAGGAGCACAGCAUUGCCUUGGGACUGUUAUUCUGA